CAUCACUUCUGAUCUUUUUCAGCACAAGGACCUUCAGGCCUCAAGGAAAAGGACUGUUCUUUUUAAUCUUUGAGCCAAAAAACAGAAACUAAAGCUACAAAGAUGGGAAAGCUCUUUUUGUGUUUUGUCGUGGCCGUUGCAUCCUUGGCUUUGGUGGAGUCGUUGACUUGCAACAAGUGCUCCGUAAGUGUGUUUGGCUUCUGUUUGAACGGUGAUAACGUGACCUGUGGUACCAAUGAGGUCUGUUACACUGGAAAAGCGACGUUCCCGUCCAUCUCAAGUUUUGGUGGCUUCAGCAAUCAGGGCUGCAGGGCCAACGACGGAUUUUGCAAUAAUGUCAGCAAUGGAACGCUGCUGGGCGUCCGCUACAUUGUCGAUUUAAACUGCUGCUCCACAGACAGGUGCAACUCCGUCACGCUCAAUGGUGCCCCGUCUACCAAGAUGACCUUCACCGCUGCCAUCACUGGAGCCGUCCUGGCCUCUGUCCUGGGAAGCAAGUUGUAAUCAAAUCCCAACUGCUGUCAGCUACAUUUACCUUUUCCUCUUAUAAUCAAAAGCCCUAUAUGUUAUAAAUCUUUGUACAGUAAAACUGUUCAGCCAAUGUUCCCAUGAGGGUCAAGUUUAAGGCCGAUGCCCAGAUCAUGGAAGUUGAUCAAUGGGAUGUUUCAAGGAAACAUUGAGCUCGUAAAUCUUUCAUCAUGUCUGUUUGGGUUAAUUUCUUCUUAAUCAAAAUGUAUCGAUCCUUCUAAGUUUUUUGUAUUUUACUGGGCCCCAGAAUGAUAAAAUAAAAGUCUCUUGAUAAAUAUCAAUGUCUAGCUUUUAUGAAUACUGACACCAUUUAACUCCAUUGCAGAGAUGCUUGGGGACAUUUUGCCAGCAUUGUAAAUAGAGCAUUAAUCUUCCCAUGUGAGGAUAAAAACAAUGGCUUACAACAUUAGCCACACUAAUUAAUGGAGCAGAGCAGAACAGCUAGACCACAACACAACAAACCAGGAUUCACAUGGUUGUAGGGCAGAAGCAUUCAGUCUAGUCAGUUUCAUUCACUCCUCAUGGUUGAAUACUGUUUUGACCAUGCCAAGUCAAGACAAGACAUACAUUUUUCUGUUGCUCAUAUUUGAAUGUAAGUUUGUAUUUUCUUUAUUAAAUUAUUCUACUCACCACUCUG